AUGUCUUGCUAUAAUCACUUUCUCCUUCGAAAUGGUAAAAGCUGAACUUAAACCUUCUUUUUUCCUUCAUUAUUAUUUUUUUCCACACAUAAAAUUGAGUUCAUAGAAUUUGAGUGACCAAAUAACGACUGAGUUUUAGUCUUUUCAACUAACCCGUCAAUUCAUUUUUUUCUUUAUUUAUUUAGCUGUAGUGGUCAUGUUGUUUUUGGGUUGUUCGACGCUGGAUUCAGAAAUAUUUCAUUCCUGCCCUCAGGUAUUCAUAAAACUUUUCUCAGAACUGCACAUAGAUAGUUAUCUUUCGAUUGUGAUUUUUAAGCAAAAUUAUUUUUUAAUCCGUAAAUCAGGCUGUGAAGCUGACGAAUUAAGAAAGAAAUUCAGCUCUCGAAAAAAACAAACAUUCAGGGAACAAGGGGGAAUAAAACUAUGGAAAAUGUAAUGUUUUGCUCUCAUCUGGUCCAGAAUUUUAUUCGCACGCCAUUUAAAUACAGAACGAACCCUUUAGGAUUCAAAGACUUUAAUUUGACAUAUAUAAUUUUGCGUCAUGAACCAUAUCGGUUCACAAACAAACAUGUUCAUGGACUUAUUCCAGCACCUUGGGGUACAAUUUGCUUUGCCUUAGCAAAUGUGAUGUAACGCUUUGCCACGUUAAAGCCGAGUUCCCUUGGUUUUGCGUAUUUACUUCACGUAGCGAAAAAUGCUCGGUGUGUUCAGUUUCUGAUGUGCUUUUUAAUGUCCCGAUCAUUACUUUUGCGAACGUUAGCCGACGUAAAAUUUUACAACUAAUUAAAAGCGUCAUUUCAAGCGCAAGGUCUUAUUGCCCGCACAAACAACUUGUCAGAAAAGCUUUAUUCGUGAACAGAAAAUUACGUAAAAGCACAUUAUUUCUUGCUUGAAACAGACGGUUCACGGCGGCUGUGGAAGUAAUUCUCCUUCCCCUUUGUUGUGUUGGUGAGACAGAUGUAACCUAAUUACGCGCGAACGAAUUUGCCAUUUAAGGGUCGAGUGCACUCAAAUUUGAACGUGGAAAAUGAAUUUUAGUCCCUCUUUUCUCGGUUUGAAAUAGUUAGAUAUUUACAGGGAUACGUGGUGAGUCAAACGAACGGAAAAUGUGACGUGAAAAAUUUGACUUUCAUGAGUCGAUUUGUAUCGAAUAAUUGUGAUGAGGUUUCACGUUUGGGUACACAGUACAUUAUCAUGAUUGUUUCGACUGAAUUGUAAUCAAAACGUUGUCAAGUAACUAGAUAUACUCAGAAUGCAUCUAAGAUCUGCGGACUCGUAAAAAUGGAUUAUCUAAGCUAAGCUUAAGCUGGGAAAUUGAACGAGAUUAUAGGACAUGUACAAUUAUAAUUGGUGCACUAAAAAGUUUUGUCGCAAUUCAUAAGAAAAGAAAAGUUAACACAAAUGCCGAGUAAAAUUAAUUUCAGCGAACAAAAUACACGUAUUGAUAAGGCAACUGACAUUAUCAGUUGAGAAAAUCGUUCGGUGUUUUUAUAUUUCGGGUUUAUAUUACCGAGCAGCCAUUUGCGGUUAGGUCGAUCACUUCCUUCAUUAAGGAGAUUACCGGCGCGAAAAGGACUUAGAAGGUUAAAGUUAUCCGAUGCUCUUGUAUCGUAUCGUAUUAGUAUCAAUACUAAUGCAAACGAUUUUUCUACUUGAAUGAGUCGACCAAAAACCUUUUUGUUAACAAAAAAUUGGCAAGGUUAUUAUAAAUGUUAUUAUUCAUAAAAGGUGUAAUACGAAUAAUCCUUUUAAACUUGAUUGAAAAAGCGCAUUUGGCAGUUUCAAAGUUUGCAUGCGCUGCAUCUGAUUUAAAAAUUAUCUCUUAAUUUAGAAAUCGAUAGAAAGCAAACAUCCUUUGCGGUGUUUUGACUCGCAAUAUUUUUUUUAGCACUCGAACUUACGCGCUCCUAAUAAAACGACGCCCAUUUUCUGUUGAAAAGCAGAUAUUUAAUAUUUUAUCGUGGUGCGCUUUAGAAUGGAAGUCGCAGCUGAAUUAGCCUUGUCCUACAAGUCAUAUAUAAUUAAUUGGAAUAACAGUUAUGUUAAAGGCAUUAUAACCCAAGGCUAAAUUUUCAUAACAUGUACAUGCGUUUAAUUUUAUUUUGCUCGGGGAAUCUUUUUGGAGACACAGAAAAACGGUGUUUCAGAUAAAUUGAGAAAAAAAAUAUUCAGGGGGAAACUUCAAUUUCUGAGUGAUAGUUCUUAAAAAUAAAUAUUGUUGUCAAAAGAAUAACAGAAGAAGAAGAUGCAUUAAUGCUGGUUCGCUAUAAUAAAGUUGUAUUGGUUCAAACCCCAAAUCGAAGAAACGACUUAAUUCGUUCCCCUAAGGGGCAGCUUCACUUCAUUAUUAAUUCGUUCCCCCAAGGGGCAGCUUUUAUUCCAUUACGUGUGUUCUAAGCCAUGUGGAACACUCAGCCGGAGUUUAUCCCGGUUUCCCUAGCAUGAUGGGACAAACAAACAAACAAAAAAAGGACUAUGAGUGUCAAAAAGACUGAAUUGGAUUUCAUCACAGACAGCCAUACAGCAAAACGCUUUACGGACGUGGUCACGUCUCGCACCCAGCGGGGUUCGGCCGUCGCGUCUCCUUGUAAACUAUCUGAACCACGAACGAAAGCUUUCAGAAAUAACCCAAAUACGUUGAGAAUUGCUCAGUGAUCAAAAGUUUUUCAACUAAGUGUGUCAAGCAAGAGAUUUUCAGUUUAUAAUCUCUUGUGUCAAGUUUAUCGUUUCGCUAUUGCAAGCCAGUCUAUAGCUACUGAAAGGUUUGUUUUUACAGUCUCGAGGAAACUCGAGGAAAAGAAAUGUGACGAGCUUGAAAAAUAGUAACAACUGAGUUUCAAGAAUUUAACAGCUGAUCAAUACUUCCAUAGGGUUCCUGUAACGGUUCGAUCUCAGCCAACCCAUGUCUUGUGGAGAAUAACGCCUGCCAAUGUCGAACCAACAGCAGUUCAGCCUGCAGUACUCUUGACCAGCAGACUUUUGUAAACCUGACAGGUGCAUCUAAUGAGAGUGCGUCUCAGUGGACCUGCUGUUUAUGUCCCCUAAAUACAACCUACUGUUGUGAAAAGUGUCACAACAUUUCAAUUUCACCUGUAACAGGUAAGGAAAAAGUAUUGUUUCUUCUUUUUUUUUUUGCUUUGUUUUACAAAGAGAAGUUUCUUAUAGAGUAGGCGUUGUUUUAAAAAUGAAGAAACCUGUUUGGCUAAAUUUGGCUGACUUAGGACGAAAUCGAGUACAAGUCUGUAUUUGGCUUUUAUCUCGGCGUUCUUGAAGUAUUUGUGGAAAAAAAAGAACGCAGAAUAAACAUUAAAAAAAUCCAAAGAGAAUGUUUGAGCAGCAGUAAAAUCCGAGUUGGAAUAAAAUACAAAUGUUUCCAUUCAGUGGGGCCAACACCUAAAGGGACGGAAUUUGUAGUUUCAUCACCAAAUCUAAAAAGACUUUCAGCCUGACAAUUCACAGAACAUCACAAAAGUUGUAAACAACAGAUCUUGUAAGUUAAUUAGCGAGCUGCUGUCUCGCAGAAGGUGAGCCACGCUCCUCAACUGAAAGUCUCUUCUCAGGCAAUUCACAGAACAUGACAAAAGCUGUAAACAACAGAUCUUGUAAGUUAAUUAGCGAGCUACGGUCCCGCGGAAAAUGAGCCACGCUUCUCAACUGAGAGUCUCUUCUCAGGCAAUUCACAGAACAUGCUAAAAGCUGUAAACAACAGAUCUUGUGAGUUAAUUAGCGAGCUGCCGUCUCGCAGAAGGUGAGCCACGCUCCUCAACUGAAAGUCUCUUCUCAGGCAAUUUACAGAACAUGUCAAAAGCUGUAAACAACAGAUCUUGUAAGUUAAUUAGCGAACUGCUGUCCCGCGGAAAGUGAGCCACGCUCCUCUCCUGAAAGUCUCUUCUCGGAAAGAUACAAAGACUGGAUUCGAGAGAGCGGUAAAAACUAGCCACCAACCUUGAGUUUUUCCUAAAUUUAAUGCAAAAUAGUGACUGGAAUGUUUUUUUAAAGCUCAGCAGCAUCGAUUCUUUGAGACUCUUUCCCGCUAAAUACAAGAAUGAAGUUGUUUUUCGUUUCUUUUUUCCGUUUUUACACGGUCAGUAAACUUCAAACAGCAGAUAAUGAAUACAUUCCUUUUAACACUCAAGAUAGUGUCCAUUUCGUCUAUCGACCGCUUUGCUUCGAGCCUGGAGCCAAAAGUCAUUCUCUUUUUUUUGUCGUUUUGCAGCCCCACCAGUUAUAGCACAACCAACUUGGAACUUCACGUUGCUGCUGGUAUUUGUGCUAGACUGUGAUCAGAUUAAAAAUUUUCAAGAAAACUUGACAAACUCAUUGGGAAAAGGAAUUACAAGCCUCACAAGCAUUCCACCGAGUCAGAUCACAGUGACCAACACGAGCUGUGCCACUGGUCAGCGGCCAUACUGCGGGGUGGACGUGACAAGCAUCAGGGCACAUCAUCGCGCGAAGCGCCUGGCAGUGGGAGGUCGGAUGAAAGGAAGUAACAAGAAAAAAAAUGAGAAGCAAUUUAACUAUCACAACACAGACCGCUACUAUAUGAUCGAGGAGGACUGCGACAGUUUAGCUGCCAAUAUCACAAUCUACGGAAGAAACGAUACUGCGCUUGAACUAUCCCUUGACUUACUAAGACAGUUACAAGUUAACAGUUCUCUCGUUUUUCCGUUAUGGGAUGGAACUACCAUUUAUUCAUCCUUUAUGUUGUCCGCCAUGUAUGGUGACUCAUAUGAUCUGCACGAAGCGCCCACGCCUUCACCUCCACCCCUCCCUCCGACAGAGGGGGUCCCGCCCAUUGAUAUGGAUUUGAAGCCGAUGAUCUAUGCAGGCGCUUCCAUCUUGGGACUCGUUACUUUGUGUGUUUUAUGGCAGCUUAUCAAACAAUCCUGGCUUUUGUCUAAAAAGAAAUUUACACCGAUCAACAGCAACCGUUUGGAUCACAAAACAGACCAGCAACUGAAGCAACUGAAAAUUAAGGAAGCCAUGGAAGAAAAUGAGCGUGUCUCAGGUAUGUAAAAAUAAAAAACUCUGUUCACACUGGCAAGUUUUCUUAACACAAGUCGUUCCUGGCAUUGUGGGCGUACGUGAAAAUACAAAUCUAUAGAGUCUAAAAAGAGUUUGAAUGUAAGUCAGACUAAGGUUCGGAUUCAAGUCUUUUUGCGAAGUACAUACCUAGUGAACUUUCAUUAUAGUAUUUAUUGGACACGAAGCAGGCACAGUUAUCGCACGACACUGCGCUCUUUCCUGGUUGAAAACUGAGACCGGUAAUGUGUUGCUAUCUUUUCACUAAGCCACACCUGAUAAAACCCGUCUUACGAUGUUCACGGUUAAUGCACUUUUCCCCGACAAAUCGAAGCAAAACCAAUGUAAUCUCAGACGAAAGGGGGUAAGUUUCUAGAGAAACUGUGGUGCUGCGUGACGGGAGAGGAUGACAGGGUAAUUUGGUCAUCAUGAACUGACUUGAUAGCGAAAAUGGGCCAUCCUAAAGAGUUUCAAAGCUGACAUUUCGUGCGUUAGUUAUUCGUUCGCCAACGUCAGCUUUGAAACUCUUAACGGUGGUCAAUUGACGUUAUCAACUCAGUUGAUAAUAUCAAAUUACCCUGAUAAUCUAAGAUUACUUUCGAAACCCAAUUAAAAACAGCUAUAUAUUGCCAUGCAAUCUACGUCACCUAAAGCCUUUCGAUAUUUUCAUUCAUUCAGCCAAUGGGAGCGCUUCAUCUUCGCUGAACUUGCCUCGAAACAACGUCGAGGGUAAAAAGCAGUGGCCCCCUGGCUACCCCGUGAGGUCCCUUGUACCAGCCUACGAACCUACUGAGCUACAUAAUCAGCGGACUCCUCCAAGGCUCAUUCUAGACGAUGACGACUCUGAUAUUGAGGACAAGCGGAUCACUGAUAGCGGAAGCAUGUCGAAUUUAGACGAUGACACCUUGAGCGACAUUUUGAAUAGCGAUGAUGAACGAGUAAUUCGUCGUUCCUAUUCUAGCCCGCCUUAUUCGCCAGGUAUUACAAACCCAGCUUUUAUCGAGAACGAAGAAGCAACUGAAAAUAGUUCUCCAGGUUUUCAUAGGAAGCCGGGAGGAAAUUCAAAAUCACCUACACCUGCAGAAAGAAAUGCAAAGCUAUCCGUGAAUGCAAGUAGUGUUAAUGAACAAAGGAAGAGCUCCAUUGCUUCCUCAGAUUUAAGCUUAGACGCCAGUGAAGACACGGUUUUCCUGCCUGCCAAGGACAAAAAACAAGAGAAGCAGAAGAAGGUGAAAAACUUUUUGUCGCCUUCAAACGGUGUGAAAAAUUCCAAGAGGUCUUCCAUAACUCCCGUUGGCGAAGACGAAGGGAUUCGAAAAGGAUCCGCGCGGGAAGUCAAGAGUUCAAACAAGUCUAAGAUGGGGCAGAACUUGAACGAGAAUAGUGGAAAACCUUCCCCAGCUUUUUCAAAUACUGAAAGGAGACUUGUUACCCCGAAAGACACUUACUCUAAAGGGAAAAAGGCCACUAUGGCGUCAACUUUAGGAGGUUCUAGACAUUCGCCUCGUGCGGAAGAAAUUGGUAUCAGUGAUGCGGAGAGUUCUGGGAAGGAAAAAAUGAAGGGGAGUGGACUAUCAGCUACUCCCACGGCGAAAAAGAAAAACUCUGUUUCCGUUGCCGCGAUUACAGGGGUGAAAGAGGACUCUGAAGAAAGCGUGACAAAUAUCCGUGUAAAGCCAACUACGCCUUUGAACGAGCGGAGAAAAUCUACAGCAGAGCCCGCUAGAUUUGGGGAAAGCCGCCCGGAAGUGGCUAGAGCCACGAUGGAUGAACCAGUUACUGAACAAGUCACUGAGGAUAAGAAUACUGCAGCUACGGAAAAGAAGAAGAAAAAGAAGAAGAAGAAAGAGAAAGCUGAGAAGGAAACGAAGACAAAAGUGGUUGAUUCGGAUGAUUCGUCCACGGAACAAAAGGCAAAUUCUAUUCUGGACUUAAAGGAUGGAUUGGCUGUAGCGAUAGGUACAUCUGAAGAACAGAGUGACAGGUGUGUUGCAUCACAAAAUAACGAGACCAAGACAAAGAAAAAGAAGAAAAGAAAAGAAAAGGAGAGAAAGAAAAGAAAAUCUGAAAAUCCCGAACCUUCAUCAGAUGAAGAGUCACUGAGUAAAUCACAAGAUUUUAGUUCAGAUAUCACCGCUGUAACAACGACGUCGCAAAGAACGCCUGCAAUACAAGACGAAACUAAAAGUAAGAAAAAGAUGAAGAAGGAAGUGACUAAAGAACGAAGAAAAACUGAAAUUCCUGAAGAGAGGCCCGCGACUGAGCGAAAAAAUGGGAGUUUUGUUCGAUCCACGAAUAAUUUUAAGGGGGAUUCCCCCAAUACUGUCGACUCGGAAAGAAGACGCACGAAGUCCAUAUGUAUCGAGGACAUGGAAAGCAGAUCCCCACCGAUUGACGAGGAAACUCGAAGAAAAACCGACAUUCCCGAGACAUCUGAAGAUUGGAAGAAGCAGAGCUCUUCAUCUCAAAUCAACACUCGCUCACAACCAAACAGUAUAUCACCUAUCCCUACCGGGUACAAAUCACCGCGACUGGUUAUAAAACCCUCCUAUCAUCAUUACUAA